UUACUGUACUUGCCCAUAGAACAUUGGCUCACACGGAUCAGGGCUUGCACGGGAGCAUUCUGCGGACUUCAUACGGAUCUAGCGUUCCCCAAAGAGUACGUCUGCUUUAGAUAAAUUACCUGUUACUCUUGAUUAUGAAACGAUGGAUGAUUGAUAAAUCAACGAAUAAAUAUUGACAUUUCACUGAAGACCUACUCAUAGCCCGAGGAAGCAUUGUUUUUAUUUUUGUUAGUUCUUGUUUAUUUUUAUUCCAGUCUUCGAUCUAGUCAGUGGAACUCUUUCGUUAUCUUGGAUUUUAAUUUUACUAUUUUUGCUGGCGUCCUGAAUUUUGAGCAGAGACUCAAAGCUAUUAUAAACUAAAACAAGGAUUUGCAGUCUCAUUCGCUCAAAUAUAUUUUCUUACUAUAAAAAGUUGUAUUUGGGAUGUUGAGCUCAGUGAAGAUGGAGUCUCAUGAACUGCCAGAGUGGAAUGCCUUCUACAGCGAAGCCAGUGAGAUGUAUUCCUCUCCCAGUGCCAUGAAUUCAAUGAGCUCAAUGAGCACCAUCAACAGCUACAUCAACCUGAACCCAGCUGGUUCUCCAGCCACCAUGAACAUGGGCUAUGGCAGCUCUGGGCUCAACAGUCAACUGGCCUCCAUGGGUGGAGGGCCCAACCAUAUGAACCUGUCCCCGGUGAAUUCAUCCCUCAACCCCAGCUCUCUCUCCCAACUGGGCUCCCCAGCCCCUUCCCUGGGCUCCCUCUCCCACUACCAGAACAUGGGCCAGCCCAUGAGCCAGCUGAGCUACCCCUCUCCCACCUCCCUCAACCGAGCCAAGGAGGUGCCCAAGCCCUACCGCCGCUCGCUGACCCAUGCCAAGCCGCCUUACUCCUACAUCUCCCUCAUCACCAUGGCCAUCCAGCAGUCCGGCAGCAAGAUGCUCACCCUCAACGAGAUCUACCAGUGGAUCAUGGACCUGUUCCCCUACUACCGCGAGAACCAGCAGCGCUGGCAGAACUCCAUCCGCCACUCGCUGUCCUUCAACGACUGCUUCGUCAAGGUGGCCCGCUCGCCCGACAAGCCCGGCAAGGGCUCCUACUGGGCCCUGCACCCCAACUCAGGCAACAUGUUUGAGAAUGGCUGCUACCUGCGCCGCCAGAAGCGCUUCAAGAUCGAUCAAGAGAAGGCUGCGAAGAGGUCUGGGAAGUCCCAGGAGGGAGGCUCGGGGAAAGGGGGCCAUGGAGACAGCCUGCUGGAGGAGCACAGCCCAGCGGGGGGCUCGGAGGGGGCCGACUCGACCCACUCUGACAACUCCCACCCUGGUUCCUCCUCAGAGGAGCAGCAGCAGAGGAGCAUGGUCCAGCUGGACUGCCCCCCACAGCCCCAGUCCCACAUUCAGAGCACCCCGGUGGCAAUCCCCUCCUCCGUACCCUCCUCUAUCUCCUCCUCCGCCCCUCUCCUCCACUCCCAGGCCAUGGGAGGCAGCCCCCACCUCCUUCCCAGCGCCAUGCAUAAUCUGGACCUGCAGCACGACCCUCUCAAGGCCAUGGAUCCCCACUACAACUUCAACCACCCCUUCUCCAUCACCAACCUCAUGUCCAACGAGCAGAAGAUGGAUCUGAAGACCUACCAGGACCAGGUGAUGGCCUACAACGGUUACGCUUCCUCUCCGAUAGCAGCCAAGCAGAUCUACGACAGCGCGGGACCCUCGGCCAUGGACUCUGGGGCCUACUACCAAACCCUCUACAGCCGCUCGGUCCUCAAUGCCUCCUAACAUGGAGGCCCUCUGGACCACAGCCAAGUGGUGCUGACAAGGACUUUUAGCAGCCUUGAAAUCCCCAAAUGUAAGAUGGCUGCCAUUGAAGGGAUACUCACGAGGGACCAAAGGGGCCAAAGAACAUUUAGCAGCGCUGAAUACACAGUUGAUCAGGGAAACCCUGCAGUUACAUGAAGUAGAAGAAAAAGGUAAAAGGCAGCGCUGGAUAGACACCCAUUCAUCAGGUCUUUAAACUGAUCCAUUCAUACAUUCACACAGAAGUCAUGUCCCCCCCCUUUGACAUUUUGUUGCUUAUCUCUUUUUAGACUACUUCAAACUGGGUUUUGGUUUGUUCAACAGACAAGCAGGACUACUUGGGUUGUACACAUUGUAAAUAGGUGGAGUGGGGGAAAGGAGAUGUGCAUUUAUUUAUGAAGGGAAGAAAAUUAAUAUAUCUUGUACAGUGCUGUAUUGACAAGUUACAAAAAACAAAUGUGAGAUGAAACAAUUGGAGGGAUUGUUGAAUUGAGAAAAGGUUCAGGUUACUGCUUCGAGCAGUUGUUACUGCAUUACAGGGAAUUCUUGUUGUGUUUGACAACAUGUUGCUUAAUUCCUAUUUUUAAUAUGCUGUUUUAAUCUCUUCAAAUACCCAUCCAUAAACACAAAUGUAGCUGCCAUGGUUCAUUUUUACAAGAGGUGGAAGGCUGUUGUUUUUACUGAUAAGAGAGACAUUUCUUGUAUUCUUUUACCAGGUAUCCAUUCAAAGAAAAAUAUGAAGUCUGUUUAAAAAGGGAUGAAACUGUGGUAAAUCUAAUUUCAGCUUUGUUUGUCUGUUUUAAAACAUGCUUUUUCAUAGGGCCCUUUUAUUAUCAAUAAUGAUAGCCUGCUGUUCCCCAGCUCUUUAUGUCAGAGGAUAUUUUGGAAUUGCUUCACAUUAUAUUACACAACAUACCAAGGGUUAGGAGGGAGAGGAGCUAUGGCAUGUCAGUUACUAAGAUAGGAGUUGAAUGGAAAUGCACUAAGAGGACCAUUUACAUACAGUACUUUGCACGAGAGUUCCCACCAUUUUGCACAGCUGGGGUGACCCUGAUAGUGUGUGUUACAACAAUGCGAUGUAAUGACCUUUUUUACUGCAAAUGGCAAACUAGAAUUGGAUCACUGUAACAAUGUCAAUGCAACAUUGAGCUUUAUGUUGCAACCCUCAUCCUCAAAGUGCCUUUCAAGAUGCUUUGAUAAUGGAGGACCAAUAACUGAAUAUUCACUGAAGGAACACUUUUUCAAAGAUAAACCAUGAGUUUCAGGUCAGAAAUACUGUUUUUAUUUCUUGUAUUUUAGUUUUAAAAGUACUAUUUAAACUAUGUUGCUUUUCAGACUUAUAUAUUGUAUAUAUUGUCAGGUUGUUGUUUAUGGCUUGAAUGUUGUGAUUUGAACGAUUCAUGUUUUUCUCAUUAAAAAGCAAAACUUUGGGGAGAAACACGAUUGUUGCCUGUUCCGUUGAAAUAAAUAUAUAUGUGAAAUUAUCUAUAGACUUGAUGAAAUGGGUGUAUAUGUUAUCUUACAAAAUCCUUUAAAAUUAUUAAAAAAACAUCUCAUAUAAGUCAUGUUCAUUUUGUUUAUAUUUACAGUUGGGUGGUAACACAGAGGCUCUGUGAUGUAGGUCUUGCUGCAGGAUGGACAGGUCCAGCUGAAUUGUAUAGGGUUGUUGAAAGAGCUCCCUACCAAAUGACUCUUGUAUGUGACUUUUGGGUGGGUUUGACUAAACAGUGUGGAAUUCAAGCUGGCCCUCUGGCCCCAACAUAAACUGGGCCAGGCUUCUAGAUACUACCGUACUGUGAUUGGCCAAUUAAUCAUCGUACAACAGUGUUUCGAUUGGGUGCCUUCACAUUUUAACAAAAAGUAUAAUUCUAGUCAUUAAAAAAGCUCUAACUGCA